AUGUCUUAUUCCCCUCCACAACCACCACCACGUCAAUACAGUAGCACAUUGAAUGUGGAUUGUGUGGAUGGAGUCUACAGACAGGCACAACAAGUUUCACCGUUGACAAAGCAAGUAAAUCAUUUGGCAUACGAAAUCCCGAAAAACAAGUACGCCAACAAUCCAUGGAACUAUGCCCCGGAAUUUUUGAAGGUCUUCGGAGAUUUGAGAGUUCACAUCGGAGGCAAAGCGGUGUUCGAUUGUUGUCUUCUCGGAAGUCCACGCCCGAGAGUCUGCUGGCUCUUCAACGAAGACAAACUCCGCUUCAGUGACGUCAUCAUUGAAGAUACCGCCGACGUUUGCCGCCUAACCAUCCCAUAUGUCCAGAUGCAUCACUUUGGAACGUUCACCGUCCUGUGUGAGAACGAAGUGGGACGUGCCACUGCUGAAGCUCAACUACUGCCUCUCUAUGAAUAA